AUGUGGGCGGCCUAUGUCAGCCUGUCGUGCGAGUCUCACGUCACUGGUUAGUGCACUUAUCUCCUGAUCAGGCUGAGGGGCUUUGCUGUGAACACAGGGACUGUCCUUGCCAGGGGACCCAGCAGAUGCAUCUGGGAAGGCUGGACCUUGGAGAGCGAGGCCCUGGCGAGAGGGAUGAGCGCCUGGCUCCUGGUCUGCACCUGGCUUGGCCUGGGAGUCCCGGUGCCCGGGGAAGGAGGAGGGCUAGGGGCUGGAGCUUUCACCUGCCUCACCAACAACAUCCUCAGGAUCGACUGCCACUGGUCUGCCCCAGAGCUGGGCCAGGGCCCCAGCCCCUGGCUCCUCUUCACCAGCAACCACGAGCCGCGCAGCAAGCACAGGUGUGUUUUCCGGGCCAGCGUGUGCACCCUGGUGCUGCCACCCGAGGAGGUCCUUGUGCCUUCCGACAACUUUACCAUCACUUUGCACCGCCACAUCUCUGGGAAGGAGCAGGCCAGCCUGGUGGACCCCCAGUACCUGCCCCGGAGACAUGUGAAGCUGGAUCCUCCCUCUGACUUGCAGAGCAACGUCAGCUCUGACUCCUGUGUCCUGACCUGGAGCGUCAGUCCUGCCUUGGAGCCUCUGGCCUCGCUGCUCAGCUAUGAGCUGGCCUUCAAGAAGCAGGAAGAGGCUUGGGAGCGGGCCCGGUACAAGCAUCACAUCAUUGGGGUGACCUGGCUCAUCCUUGAAGCUGUGGAAUUGGACCCUGGCUGCAUCUAUGAGGCGAGGCUGCGUGUCCAGAUGGACACCCUGGAGAACGCCAUUGCAGAGGAGGAGCGUUACGAGGGCCACUGGAGCGAGUGGAGCCAGCCCACGCUCUUUGCCUCUCCCCAGAGAUCACCAGGCCCCCUGAUCAUGCCUUUGGGGCAGCCGAACAGCACCCUUGUCGCUGUGUCUGUCUUUCUUCUGCUGACCAGCCUGACCUACCUCCUGUUCAAGCUGUCACCCAGGGUGAAGAGGACCUUUUACAAGAACGUUCCCUCUCCGGUGGCCUUCUUCCAGCCUCUCUACAGUGUGCACAACGGGAAUUUCCAGACCUGGACGGGCACUCACAGAGCUGGUGCGCAGCUGAGCCAGGACUGUGUCGGCGCCGCACCAGGAACCUCGGAGUCCAGUGUCCGGGAGGCCAUCGCGUUGCUUACCUAUGACCCGGUGGAUCCCUGGCCAUUCGUGGGCCUGGAGGAGGAGGAGGGCGCUGGCACUGGCCUCCCAGCAGAUGUGUUGCCAGCGGCCCUGGAGUGGGCCGGGCAGCCGCCUGCCUACCUGCCGCAGGAGGAGUGGGUCGCCCUGAGCCCCGGCAGGCCAGCUCCCCUCCAGGCAGAGGGCGGUAGCAGCGACUACUGUGCUCUGGGCUGUUAUGGGGGCUGCCACCCCUCGCCCUUCCCAGGAAACACACAGAGCUCUGGACCCAUCCCGCCCUUGGCCUGUGACCUUUCCUGUGAUCAGCAGAGCCCGGAUGUCAGGCAAGGAAGCAGGCAUGUGGUAGCUGGCCAUGGUCAGAGGCAAGACCCCGGGGAACAGGCUGCAUAA